UAUCCCCAUCUUUGUGUCUUUCUUUCCCUAUUUUCAUUUUUCUCUUCGUCUUGGAUAAAAUCAUGUAGCUUUCUCCUCUUUUAUCUGCAUCCCGUUGAAGUAAAUAAAAUUAUAUCAUUGUUUAAAACCACUUCGUUUUUUCUCUUGUCGUUCUUUAUUGCCUUGAACGUCGUUGCUUCAUUUUCGCUGACUAACUCACUUUUGAUACGUAUGCAUAAAACAAUUUUGGUUAAAAUCCGAUACGUUUGUCAACUGGGGCACCGUUCUCACGGUCGACGAUAAAUAUAAGCAGAGAUGCUUUGCAGUCGCGCAGUUUGCAUACCUUUUCGCAGAAACAGCUUCUGAAUUUCUCGUUGACAUCGUGACAGUGAUUUUAAAAGAUUGUAAUCGUUUGGAAAGAUGGGAAAGAGACGAUAUCUCGCGAUUCUUGUCUACGUUCUUUCCGUAAACAUACUCGUGCGAGCAAGCAAUCUAAUACAAUUCACAAAAAUGUUAAACAUUAAUAUAAAGGAUAUACGGCAAUGUUUGCAGCAGAGCAAUCUAACUGACACGGAUUUGAUAAAGUUGGACGCCAUUUUCCAAGAGGAAAAUAUAUCACGCGAAAACUUCGAAAACGUCAUGUUGGACUUCGGUUGUUUCAUUACAUGCGUUCUGGACAAAGCUCACAUGGUGGAAGACAAGAACAUUCGGUUUGAAUAUUUAUUAAAAACGGCGGAACGCAACAAUUUCCCCAUAGCCACGAAUCAAACAUUGAACGAAUGUUGCAAAAAGGGUAAGUUUGAAUUUUUUGUCAAAGUAUAAAACUCAAUCUAUAGCGCCAGUUAUUAGAAAAUCUAAUAUAGCAACCGAUGAAAUUGUGAACU